CUGUUUCUCAUUGGCUACUUUCUGACAUUGGGGUGUUUGUGCAGGCUUUAUAUGUUAGGCAGGUCCCUGAUGGUCUGUACAGUGGAACGAAAGCUAAUCGCAGGCCAGGUGAGGAAUACAGCAGGAUGGCAUCACUGGGGCUUCUCUUGUUCACUGCGGCACUUACAGCUGGACUCUGCACUGCAGAACCACAACCAUUAAAGGUGACCACCAUUAAGCAAGAACCGUACACAAUGACCAAAGGCUCAGAACUGGAAGGCUUCUGUAUGGACCUGCUUUCUGCACUUGCCAGUAAGCUGGGCUUCAAGUAUGAUGUUCAUCUUGUGAAAGACGGGAAAUACGGGGCCAAGGACGAACGUGGGAACUGGUUCGGCAUGGUUGGAGAAGUUGUGAGAGGGGAAGCUGACCUGGUCAUGGCACCCCUCACCCUGACCGCUGGUCGGGAGGCAGCUGUGGACAUGACCAAACCUUUUAUGCAGACAGGCAUCAGUUUUUUGAUGAGAAAGGACAUCGCCUCUGACGACUCGCAGUAUCUCAGCUUUUUAAACCUCUUCUCCACUGAAAUGUGGAUGGGCAUCCUUGUGGCUUAUCUACUGACCUCCUUCUGUAUCUAUCUGGUGGCUCGGAUUAGCCCGUCUGAAUGGGACCAACCCCAGACAGAGGACAAUCAUUUCACGCUUUCACACAGCUUCUGGUAUACCAUUGGAGCCCUGACUCUGCAAGGAGCGGGCCCUCACCCCAAGGCCUUGUCAGGACGGGUGAUUACUGCCAUCUGGUGGAUGUUUUCGUUAGUGGUGCUGGCCUGCUACUUCGCCAACCUCAGCUCUUGGCUCCAUUUAGAUAACAAACAUCUGUCAAUUAAGAGCUUUGAAGACUUAGCCAACCAAAACAUCAUUCAGUAUGGCACGCUGAAGUCCUCUUCCACCCUUGCAUACUUCAAGAACUCCAACAAUCCCACCUAUCGGCAGAUCUAUGAGAAUAUGGAGAGGCAGCAGAGCUAUGUGCAGUCGAUGGAUGAGGGUGUCCGUAGGGCUCAGGAGGGGAAUUACGCCUUCAUCGGAGAGUCUGUGUCUCUGGACCUGGCUGUUGCACGCUACUGCAAUCUGAUGCGUUGUCCUGAGGUCAUCAGCAUGAGAGGCUACAGCAUUGCAGCUCCAUUAGGCUUUCCUAUGGUGAAAAAUCUGAGUAUAGCCAUCCUCCAGCUGAGUGAGUCCGGAGAGUUGGAUUACCUCCGCAGCAAGUGGUGGGCCAGCAGCUGUGUAGCGGAAAACGCCCAGGCCUCUUCCCUCAAGGCCAGCAGCCUAAAGGGUGUCUUCUUGCUGCUGGCGCUCGGCCUGGUCCUGGGAGUUGCUAUGGCCCUCAUGGAGCUGGCUUCCAAGUCAAGAAGCAUCGCUAACUCACAGCGGAAAUCCUGUUGUUCCGUCUUGACCACUGAACUAAGUCAACGGUUUGGAAGAAGUGAGGAGAAGACAUCUGCAGAAACAGAUGAGAAAUGCAAAGCUUAAAUCUGCCCAACACUAAUAGAGGAAACUCAUGGAUUUCUGUUCUCUUAUUUAGCUGAUUUUUCACCUCUGUUAAAAAAAGACGUACUUUAGAAACUGUGCUAAUUUUUUAACUAUGUAUGAGACCGUCUUCAUCUUUGCCUUGCAAUAUCAUAUAUUUUAACCGCACAAGACUACAGGACUAGGUUUCUUUUGGAUCAUGCAGGACAUUGGGCCUCAUUGGGCCUAAGAAAAAGUCUACGUCAGAUUCAUGACAUGUUCUUAAAGUGCAGAAUUGUUCACACCUUUGUGCUCUUGAGUGUGUGUAGAUCCUGUUCUUACCUAAGAACAAAUCCCAAAUAAGAAAACAUUGGUGAAUGGCAGAAUUGCUGUAAAAAACUACAUGAAAAAAAAUUUCUUCUUAAGAAACGUUGGUGAAUGAGGCUCAUUGUGUUUAAUAUUGCCUAGUCUUGAACAGAUCACAUCUAACAAUGGCUCUGAAAUAGAUGAACUAGCUAAAGUAACUUUUGAGUAUUUUUAGCUGAAAUUACUCCUAGUGCAUGGUGAGUUACAUCUGGCAAGUAAUACUGAUUAAAAUGUGAUGUGAAAUGAGAUUUUUGAGCAGCCAAGGCUUACGUGAAAUGUUAUGUUGAUUUUAUAUUGUAAUGCUGAUACUACAUGUGAAAUUAAAAGGCAAACAUUUUCUGUUUA